GGGCCACUGUGCGAUGGACACCGGUUCAAGAAGUCAACUGCCACUUAUAUAAGAUCAGUCGCCCGCGCACCUCCAUAGCGCAUGCGCGAAUCAAACCCAGUUCUACCAACACACAAUCAUGGCCCAAGUUCGGACGUUGGCAGCAUUACUGCUGCUAGCAGGCUGCGCGUACGCGCGCACUGCUACUCGCACUCCCGCCGUCACUGCCGGCAUCACUAGUCUCACUGACAAGGACGCGAGACACAAGGCAAUGGUGCACCCAGCAUUCGCGAACGCCGGCAGGCAAGCCGGUGUGGAGGUCUGGAGGAUCGAGGACUUCAACCCAGUGCCCGUACCACAGAAAGAUGUUGGAAAAUUCUACAAAGGAGACUCCUACAUUGUCUUAAAGACUUCAGCGGACAAACGCAACAACCUAUCAUGGGACAUCCAUUACUGGAUCGGCAGCGAAUCGACGCAGGACGAAUCCGGCGCGGCGGCCAUCUUGACGGUCGGGCUGGACGACAAAUUCGGGGGCGCCGCUGUGCAGCACAGAGAGACGUUGGGACACGAGAGCGCUAAAUUCUUGCAAUAUUUCCAACCAGCCAUUCGCUACCUGGACGGUGGUCACGCCUCAGGCUUCAACCAUGUGACCACCAACGCCGGCGCCGCUAAACGCCUGUUCCAGAUCAAGGGCAAACGCAACGUUCGCGUCAGACAGGUGGAGCCGCUGAUUUCCUCCAUGAACAAGGGCGACUGCUUCAUCUUAGACGUAGACCAGAACAUCUACGUAUACGUCGGCGAGAAGGCCAAGAACGUAGAAAAGCUGAAGGCCAACUCCGUCGCCAACCAGAUCAGGGACCAGGAUCAUCACGGCAGAGGACGGGUUGAAAUCAUUGACCAAUACUCCAGCGAAACCGACAUCGAGAAAUUCUUCACGGCUCUCGGAUCUGGCUCCAAGGACAGCGUGCCUGAAGAAAGCGCCGGUGGUGAUGAUCAGGCCUUCGAAAGGAGCGAGGAACAGACCAUUACCCUCUCUGAAAUCUCUGACAGCACCGGGUCUCUCAAGAUCACCCCCCUGCCCAAGCCCUUCCGCCAGGAGCAACUCAAGCCUACUGAAUGUUACAUCUUGGAUACGGUCAGCGGCAGCAUCUACGUUUGGGUUGGAAAACAGUCUACAGAUAAGGAAAAUUCUGAAGCUAUGAACAAGGCCCAGCAGUAUUUGAGUGCUAAAAACUAUCCUAAAUGGGUGCAUGUAUCCAGGAUCCCUCAGGGCACAGAGCCGGCCGCCUUUAAACAGUACUUCACCACUUGGAGGGACGUUGGCAUGGCACACAACCGCUUGGUUAGGUCGCUCAGCGAUGAUGAGUACUUCAACGGUGACGAAGCGACAUCUGCGAAGCGUGCUCGCGUUGUUGGCAAGACUGGUUCAGCCCGUGGCUUCAUGCCCGACCAGGGUGAUGGCGAAUACGUUGGCUACAGGAUUGAAGGUUUAGAGUUAGCCAAGAUUUACGACUCUGCCUCGCCCGGAACUGAACCUGGCAAGCGUUUCGGUGAGCUGUACCAGGGAGACUCGUACGUCAUCCAGUACCAAUACCAGGGAGAGAAUGGCCGUGACCAUAUUGUCUACUUUUGGCUGGGCAAGGAUUCUACCUUAGACGAGAAGUCUGCAGCGGCUAUUCAGUCAGUUGGUCUUGACAACGCGCUCUCUGGUAAAGCUACCCUGGUGAGGGUGCCUCAGGGCGAGGAGCCGCAGCACUUUCUUAAGAUCUUCAAGGGCCGCCUGGUAACCCUCCUGGGAGGAAAAGCUUCUGGAUUCAGGAACUCCAACCAGAAGGACAACUAUGACACCGACGGUGUUAGGCUGUUCAGGAUCCACGGCACCAAGGCAGCUGAAGACAUGAGGGCAGAACAGGUGCCAGAGGUCACCGCGAGCCUGCAGCCUGAAGAUGUGUUCCUGCUGGAGACUCCUAACAAGGUCUACGUUUGGCAUGGACAGACCUCAAGCGACGUGGAACAGCAAGAGGCAGCUCACUUCGUGGAGAGAAUCCUUGGCGCUAACAAGCAGUUCGAGGUUAUAACUCAGGGCAACGAGCCUGAUGACUUCUGGUCCUACCUGACCGGUGAUGCCUCGCAAGUAUCCAGCACCGAAGCCUGGCAUGAACGAGUGACUAAGCGCCUUGGAGCUGAACCGAGACUAUUCGACGCCGAUAUAUCUGGCAACAACGCUGUCAGCUUUGAGGAGAUCUUCAACAUUGAACAGAAGGCACUUCACCAAGAUGACGUGUACGUGCUGGAUUCCGGCGAUGAGCUGUACGUCUGGAUCGGCAAGGAGGCCACCGACGCCAUGAAGAAAGCUGGCAACCAUAUCGCUGAGGUAACCUUACACUCAUUUAAGACGAUGUUGUUGUUGAUCGUCCUAGGGCACCCCAUAGGUGCAUAGGGCCUCCACAAGAUC